AAGAACUGAAGAACCCAACUGAAAAAGGAAAAAAAGGCAUUCGCACUUGCUCCUCCGGUCCUCCCUUCGCACCCGGAAGGCCAGCACCAGUAACGGGAAAAGGUCAUGCAAAGCGACGGUGAGGUGCUCUUCCUGGACGGCGUCGGGGAGGUCGCCGUGGCCGUCGGCGACGAAGGCCUCUCCUUCCAGCCCCUUCACCAGGAAGUGAGUUCUUCAUGUUUGUCAUCUAUCAGAAUGCAGCCUAAGUUGGAAAACAAGCUUAAGUUUUCAGAUGUUUAUGCUGUAGAGCUGCUUGAUGUGGGUCCUCUGUAUGGACCUUGGAAUACAAAAGCUGUUGUUCAAGGCAAGAGAAAUACUGAGAUGAACCGAUUUGUCAUUCAUUCAAUCACAAGAUCAAGAAAAAGACCAUCUCCAUGGGUACCUUGUGAAUAUAUUUUUGGUCAUAAAGACUUGAGAACCUGCAAAACUUGGGUUGAGCAUAUGAAUGUGUGCAUAAGUAAGGAACAGGAUAGGCCCAAGAACCUCAUGGUAUUUGUCCAUCCAUUGUGCGGAAAAGGUACAGGAUGUAAGAAUUGGGAAACAGUAGCUCCAUUAUUUGAGCGGGCAAAAGUAAAGACGAAGGUGAUAGUCACAGAGCGAGCAGGGCAUGCAUAUGAUACUUUAGUAUCUUUAUCAGAUAAAGAUCUCAAGAAAUUUGAUGGCAUAAUUGCAGUGGGUGGUGAUGGUUUAUUUAACGAAAUUUUGAAUGGGCUACUAAGUACAAGGCACAUCAAUUCAUACCCCCCAACUCCAGAAGGCUUCGGAUAUUUCGGAAGCAACAUGAAGUGCCAAGAUCAUAGAAAUAAUGAUCUAAGCAAUAGUAUGUCCACAGGAGAUGAUGCAAAUGCCAUCUUCUCUGGAAGUUCUAACACACCUGAUGACCAUGAGCCCCUUCUUUCAAUCGCACCAUCGACAGGAUUGGAAAUUUUGUCAUCAAAUUCUAGUGAUGAACCAUGCAAUGAAGUUCAGGUGCCUUUGGUCUCCUUUCCAAAUAAUUGGUUUAGGCUUGGAAUAAUUCCUUCUGGCUCGACAGAUGCUAUUGUUCUCAGUACAACUGGGGAGCGAGAUCCUAUGACUUCUGCUCUGCUUAUUAUCCUCGGCAGAAGGAUAUCACUUGAUAUAGCUCAAGUUGUCAGAUGGAAAAGUAGCCCAUCAGCUGAGAUUUUACCAACGGUUCGUUAUGCUGCUUCAUUUGCAGGAUAUGGAUUCUAUGGAGAAGUUAUAAGGGAGAGUGAAAAGUACAGGUGGAUGGGCCCUGCGCGAUAUGACUUCUCUGGAACCAUGGUGUUUUUGAAGCACAGAUCUUAUGAGGCACAAGUGGCUUUUCUUGAGAAUGGAAACACUAAUUCACUUACAGCAUCGGCAGAGAACAAUGCAAGUGCGGUCCAAACACUGCAGUAUCAUCAAAAUAGACACCACAAAAUCAUCUGCCGAACAAAUUGUUUUAUAUGCAAAGGAAGCUCAGCGUCUGAACACAAUUCAGAAGAUGAUCUUUUGGACAGUUCCAGAACACCUUGUGAGAAUCCAAAAUGGGUUUGGUCCAAGGGGCGUUUUCUCAGUGUUGGUGCAGCUGUAAUUUCAUGUCGUAACGAAAGGGCCCCUGAUGGUCUAGUGGCUGAUGCACACCUAUCUGAUGGUUUUCUUCAUCUUCUGCUCAUUAGAGAUUGUCCUCUUCCCUUUUACUUAUGGCAUCUAACACAAUUUACCAAGAAGGGCUCAGAUCCUCUGAGCUUCAAGUUUGUCGAACAUCAUAAGACAGAAGCAUUUACUUUUAUAUCGCCACAUGACGAAAGCGUCUGGAACUUGGACGGAGAACUUUUUCAGGCCUCCGAGGUAUCUGUCCAAGCCUGCCGAGGCCUUGUCAACCUCUUCGCAGCAGGACCGGAGGUUUAAAGCAAUGCGCCAUGAAGCUGUUCCCUGCAAAAGGCCCAUGCUGUACUCCUGUAUGCUGUACUGUACAGAGGCCCCCUGGUCGGUGUGCUGAAGCUGUGUUUGUGGAGAAAUGGAAAAUAUAGGUCCUCCAGAUUAUGAAGCGAAGAAACCUGGGCUGCUUCAAUUUUGCCACCGAGAGUAGUUUUGGUUAGAAACAGCGAAAUGCUGUACUACAUGCUGCUUGAUCUAGAAGUGAUUCCGAUGUCCGGAUGGAGUAGUGUGAGCAUCUUUGAUGUACAUCAACACCUACCCUGGGGCAACAAUAAUAUUCUUGGUUGAAUGGUUGGUGGAUCUGCAGAUGGUCGCAGUUUCGUCCACCUUGGCAUAGCUGCACCGUGCUCCGUGUGCCGGCGGAGCGUCCGGGUCUCCGGUUGGCCGUGUUUUCGGCUGCUGCUGCUGCUAGAUGGCUUCACACAUGGGCUUGUAGACAGUAGACAUAAGCUUGUAUUGAAACAGAGUGCUCUUAACUUGUAGGGCUACGUUAUUUUUUUCAUUGUCAAAUCUGGAUUAUCACGGACAUAUCUUCUAAAUUUCUGAACAGUCUGUUUUGUUAAAAAAAAAUAGGCAAAAUUUGAUAUGGGGCAUCGAAAAAACGUGUAAUUAGC